AUGACGGCAGUUUCUUCUUCUUUUCUGUUGUCACUGGCAGAGGAAACAACCUUAGCCAAAAGGUCCAAAACCCUUACACCGCCGCAUCUUCCGUUCGAUCUUGUGCCGGAAAUACUGUGUAGACUCUCUGUGAAACACCUCCUUCAACUCUGUUGCGUCUGCAAAUCAUGGAAUUCUCUUAUCUCUCUCGAUUCCAAUUUCGCCCGGAAGCAACUCAGCUUCUCAACCUCCAACAAAAACCGCCACCAAUUCAUCCAAUCCUCUACUAAAUCUUGUCGUGAGUUCCUUCUAAGUCACUCCCCAAUCUCUUCUUUUUUCACCUCUGCUUCCAAUGUUCCUGUAACGCAGCUUAGGCACGAUUUUAAAAGGGUUAUUAAUAAUAGAGGCAGUGGUGUCGAAAUUUCCACUUGUGACGGCAUCCUCUGUUUUGCAAUAAAUGGAUCUCGAGCUGUUUUGUAUAAUCCUUCCACUAGAAAAUCCAAAAAAUUGCCUCCUUUGACAAAUUCAAAAUAUACCUUAGUGUAUGAUCGUAUCACUAGUAAUUAUAAGAUUAUUGCUGUUACUUCUGGUUAUAGCAACAACCAAGUUAACAUUCACACUUUGGGUACUCGUUAUUGGAGAAGAAUUCAAGGUUUUCCAUGUUCUCGUCUCAUUUGUACACCUGGAAUAUUUGUGAAUGAUACUGUUAAUUGGUUUGCAUAUGAUCCUAAUUCACCUAAAGUUAUAGUUUCUCUUGAUUUAGAGAAGGAGUUGUAUCGAAAGCUUUCACUCCCUUUUUCUAGAACCCAUUUUGAAACUCCCAUGUCCUUGGGGGCAUUGAAGGGUUGUUUGUCCAUUCUAUCUCAUAAAAAGGAAACUGAAAUUUCUAGAUUUUUUAAUGUUUGGAUCAUGAAGGAAUAUGGGAAUGAAAAAUCUUGGACUAUAUUGUUAAGUGUUCCUCCCACAGUAGAAUGUGGUCCUUACGGCGGCUAUUCAAAGGUAUUAUAUAUUUUCGAGAAUGAUCAACUUCUGAUGGAGUUCUAUAGGAGGGAGCGACGUGGUUUAUAUAUUUUCGAGAAUGAUCAAGUUCUGAUGGAGUUCUAUAGGAGGGAGCAACGUGGUUUAGUUGUCUAUGAUUCUAUAAAUAAUACUUCUACUAUUCCUAAAAUGCAAAACAAUAUUCAUGAUUUUAAAGUGACAUCAAAUUUUUAUGUUGAGAGUUUGAUAUCUCCUUUCUAG